AUGUACAGCGUUCACUCGUCUCGCCCGUCUCGGCGGCGUGAGAUGAAAGGGAUUGCCGCUGAUUGUUGCGACAGGCGUGGAAAUCGCUCGCUGAUUUUUUUUUUAUUUUGAUCUCGAAAUAAAUUUAAGAUCUUAGACCAUUGUUAUAUAUACACAUUACAAUUUAUUACAAAUAAUAAAAAGCAAAAUGGAUAUCACGUUGGAUGAUAAAUUGAAUGUGCUACAGCAAAUAAGUCAGCGAAAGCUUGUGGAGAUAUUGGACACCAUUCCAGGUGCAAAGGAUCUGAUAAUAGAAGCAAAGCUCAUGAAAGUACUGGACAGUUUUGUAGGAGUGACUGUACUGAAGCGAUAUGGAGUGGACAAGAUCUAUAAAAUGGAAGAAGGACUGAAAUCGUCGAAUAGUCAACGUAUAUUCUUAGUAUCUAAUAAUUUAAUCGCAUGCAAGAGAGCUCUGGACCAAAUACAGUCUGAAAUAUCGCAUACUAAUAGGCCUCAUGUUGAAGUGUGUCAUCAUUUGCUGGUUACGCCAUUUGUUCCAGCUGUGCUGCACAAUCUAGUCGAAGAGGAAGGUUUAUCUGGACUGGUUACGCUGCACACGCUCUCUGUAGAAUUCGUAAAACUGGAUGGGAACGUUUUAUCCUUGGAAAAUCCAAUGUUUAUUGAUCUCUACUAUCACAAAGACACUAGUCUUCUGCGAGCAAUAGCGCGUAACUUGUGGUCGUUGCAAUUAGUGCUCGGCUCGCCGAGGUUCUCACUUUUCUUGGGCAAACACAGUCAGCAAGUGGGCAAACUGAUGGAAUCAAUGGAGGAAUGUCUGGGGUCAUCUAGUCUGCAGAAUGAGAUUGGCGCUCUGAUCAUAAUGGACAGAAGUUUUGAUCUGACCACGACUCUUCUUACACCUGUAACAUACGCGAGCUUGUUGAAUGAAAUUGUGGAGGUAAACGUCGGUACGGCGGUGUUGGGAAAGUCGCAGACCAAGUUGGAUCCAAAUAAGGAUCAAAUUUACGGAGAAGUGAGAGAUAUACCUUGCAGUGACGUUUUCCCGAUUCUCCACGGAAAGGCUAAGUCGCUUAAAUCUGAACAGGAGGCUGUACAGACCAUGAAGUUAGCUGAGAUGGAGAGAUACGUGUCGACGAGAUUACAAAAAACCGGAAAAAGGACACAACAAUUAGCGUUUCAUAUAUCUGCGUGCCAGACGAUCGCGGAUACUUUAGGUUCUGAGUUUCAGGCCUUGCAGGCGAUCGAGAAACUGAUGCUUGACUGCAAGGACAGAAAAGAAUGCUUGAGCUACAUCGAGAGAAACAUAGAUGAGCAUGCAUUACGAUGUUUGCGUCUCCUGUGCCUUUUAUCCAUCACCACCGAUGGCAUUACGCAGAGCGAGCUCCAGAACAUCCAGAAGCUACAUCUUCAUACUCACGGUUAUCAGCACAUUCCGCUGUUUUACAAGCUGCACACUACUGGCCUGUUAAAGCAUCGAGCUGAAAAUAUUUUACACAAGCUACCGAACUGGAGCAGCGAGUGGAGCAGCAAUGCGCAGAAAUUAAAGAUGUUACCCGGCUACUCCAAACGAUCCGAUCAGAACGGUCGUACCUGUCCUAGUUACGUGUUCAACAACGCUUACACACCCGCUAUAGCGCAAAUAUUAAACAUCGUAUCGAAUCAAGAGAAGGAUCCUCGCAGCUUCGAAGACUUGAUGAAUUUAUCGAACUGCGCCGUAAGCGGCCACCGGGGCGCGUUAUCGCCGAAAAUGGUCGUAAUUUGUGUGAUAGGCGGCAUCACCUGUGCGGAGAUAGCGGCGUGCCGGCUCAUAGAGAAGUCUAUGGGGAUACGUCUCGUUCUCGCAUCCGACACUAUUCUAACAGGCAAUAAACUCAUUCAGAGGAUACAAGAAAUAUGAAGACUCUCGUGGCGUUUCAUCAUCAGGAAU